AUGAAUAAUGAUUAUGAAGUAUGAACCUCCCCAAAAUCUCACAAUAAAUACCAACAACUUGAAGCAUUUUUUUUUUAUCUCAGCCAUAUUCUAAUACAUUUAUCAUGGCAUUUCUGCAAGCAAAAUCAGUCUUUUUGUGUCUUCUGGUUUCAUGUAUGAGUUCGGUUUCGGCCUCUACACGCAACAGACGAUACACAAGUCCAAGCGUGCCGAAGCUUACUGAUGUUUUUCCUCAUGUCUCGAUUAGUAAUGUGUUUUCGAAAGCUUUUGGAGGGUCGAAUGUUCAGGUGACUGGUAAUGGAUCCAUGGCCACUCUUGUUCUUGACAAAACCUCAGGUUCUGGUUUGGCAUCAGUAAACAAAUAUCACUAUGGAUUCUUCAGUGCUGCUAUCAAGCUGCCUCCUGGAGACUCUUCUGGAGUUGUGGUAGCUUUCUAUUUAUCUAAUGCAGAUGUCUUCCCCCACAAUCAUGAUGAAAUAGACAUAGAGCUAUUAGGCCAUGACAAAAGAAAUGAAUGGGUCAUUCAAACAAAUGUGUACGCAAAUGGGAGUGUCAGCACAGGAAGAGAGGAGAAAUUUUACCUAUGGUUUGAUCCAACAACACAGCACCAUCAGUACACCAUCAUCUGGAACAACCAUCACACAGUGUUUCUAGUGGACAACAUACCAGUGAGAGAGUUUGAGCAUAAGAGCACAUUCUACCCAUCAAAACCGAUGUCAGUUUACGCAACAAUAUGGGAUGGAUCAGAGUGGGCAACACAUGGAGGAAAGUACCCAGUUAACUACAAGAAUGCACCAUUUACAGUUUCAUUUGCAGAAAUGGAGAUAAGUGGUUGCAUAUCCAAUCCCAGUGCUUCUGCUCCUUCAUGUUCUAAGACCCCUUCAAGUUUGGACCCAGUUGAAGGACCAGAGUUUGUGAAGUUGAGUAACCAACAAGCCGGUGCUAUGGAUUGGGCAAGAAGGAAGCUAAUGUUUUACUCUUAUUGUAAAGAUACAUCUAGGUUUAAGGUUAUGCCUCCAGAGUGCAGAUAGUUCUGCAACCUCAUUAUAUGUAUAAGCUCAUCUAGAACAAAAUUAAUUCAAACAUCCACAUACAAUUUCAUACUCAAACAUUCAACAUGUUCAUCUGGUAGCUUAGGAAUCAUGUUCAUCUGCACUUGAUGUUCAUUUGGGCCCAUAUCAGAGGUUGGGGAAACAUAAUGAGAUUGCAGUGGGCCAGUAGAUAGCCCAGAAGAUUCACUUUUUUCAUCAUCCUCAGAUCUGCCAUGUUCCCCUUUGUGUUAAUAACUUUAUUACAACUCUCAUUAAGGUCUCAUCCAUCAAAU